CCCUCUAUGUGUAUAUUUUUUUUAAUACUUUGUGAGGAAAAACUGUCAACCAUAUCCAAAGUGCAGGACCAAAGAGAAGUAAAUAAUGUAUGCUUUUAUUAGAUUCUUUGAAGACGAUAUGUGCUACGCGUUACCCGUUUCAAAUGUCGAAGAUUUCAGACCUCUGCACAAAACAGAUUUUGAUAAUCAGAAGGUGUAUCUGGUUCACAGAACUGAAGAGAAUGGCUGCGCAGGCCAGCCGUGCGAAGCACAGAUCCUUGCCCUUGCAGACACAGUAGAAGAAUUUGAAGACAGUAUAACACAAAAGAAGAUGAAAAUUCCCAAGAUGUCCAUCAAGAAUUCAGGAAACUUUAUUGAGAACAAUUUUGGAGAGGAGAGAAUGCCACUCAGGCAUAAAAAGGUUUUAUCUCAUGAUCAUGGCCGCCCUCUCUCCAACUCCUCUAAGAGCCUUGCAGCAGUAGUUGCUCGCCUGGAGAGGAAUGCAGCCAAUUCCUGUGUGGAGGGCGAAGAAGACCUAGAUGAGGAUCGGCUGGCUGAGGAGGGAGAGGAUGCAGAUGACGAAGAUGAAGAUAUGGAGUCAGAGCAUCGGCAGCAUCAUCAUCACCAGCAGCAACAGCAGCAUUUGUUGGUGGACACGGAUUGUGUGUCAGAGGCAGCUACUGCAGUGGUUCCAAGAGUCCUGUAUGAGGAGCUGGUUCACAGCUACAGACAACAGGAGGAGGAGAUGAGGAGGCUGCAGCAGGAGCUAGAGAGAACCCGCCGGCAGCUGGUACAACAGGCCAAGAAGCUGAAGGAGUAUGGCAGUUUGCUGACAGAAGUCAAAGAACUAAGGGACUUCAACAGGAGACUGCAAGAUGUACUUCUAAUGAGACUGGGCAGCGAGCCUAUGCAUGACAAUGGCACUCAGACAAUCAAGGCUGAAGUGGUUGAACCUAUUGUUGAGACCCAGGAGAUGUGCAGAGAAGAAGCCAACACCAGUUCCAGCUAUUCCCCCUCACCCAGAACAGUAUACACCUGCAAUGAUGGAAAGGUACAUCUUGGUGGUGGGAUUUGGGUGGAAGAAGAGAAGUGGCACCAGCUCCAGCGGACCCAGGGAGACUCCAAGUUCACAAAGAACCUAGCUGUGAUGAUCUGGGGCACUGAAACCCUCAAAAACCGCAGCGUCACAGGAGUUGCGACUAAAAAAAAGAAAGAUGCCCUGCCCAAACCUCCGCUGUCACCUAGCAAGCUGAAAAUUGUCAGAGAGUGUCUCUACGACAGAGUGUCUCAGGAGACGGCCGACAGCGCAGAGAUCACUCAGAGAUUGUCCAAAGUGAACAAAUACAUUUGUGAAAAGAUAAUGGACAUCAACAAGUCCAUCAAGAAUGAGGAGCGGCGGGAGUCCAAGCUGCUCAUCAGACAGACAGUCAAGAUGGAGAACUUCACCUACGAUGGCAUAUAGUGAUGAACUGUCACGCCAGCGCCUUCUGCCCCUCCCCCUCCCCAUGGUCUGCAGGAUAUUGAGGGGACUUGGUAUGGGUGGUUGGGGAAUGCUGUCAUUGUUUCUUAGAGCCGUCAUUAUUACUUUUAAACAUUGGAUUGGUUAUUCUGUGAAACAUUCAAACAGGUCCUUUCCCACCUCCCCAUAAGAUAAGCGUCAUAUUUCUCCUUCUUCUGAUUGGCUGACAGGCAGCUUUACCCACCAGCUGGAAAUUGGAAAAAUCAUUUGAUAUGAGCGGGAGUGAGUGUUUUUAUAAACUUUACUGUGGCAUUGGUACAGAGAUGUGGUUUAUUGAGAUGUGUGCAUAUGUGUCAAAACAGAAUUUAAAUGUGAUUGUUGAUUUAUUGUUCUGUGUCAGAACAUCAUUUUGAGUCCUUAAACUUUUAAAAAGUAAGAGGUUAUUUCCCUAGGUAACGUCUUUUGAUGCUGUAAAGAUAAUGAUGCUAGCUCGCGUUAGGUCUUAGACGUGUGAGCAGUUGACUGUUGUUUUGGUGACUAUUCAGUAGCAGCUGGACAUUUGUGUUUUGGUACUUAACUGCAUAGAAUGGGACACCAGGGUCUCAAAUGCACAAGUCUUAAUUAGUAAGAGCCAUAUUUCAUUUUUCAGCAAAGAUGCUGUUGCUCCAAGAGAUUAAUUUUAAAUGAGUUCUCUCCCCUAACACAUCACUUUAUUAAAAGAGGGCUUAGAGAGAUUUAUUGGAAAGUGGGACUCCCAGGUUGAGUCAAGAAUGCUGUAUUUGCUUUGUUUUAUUUUUUACAUUUUUAGUGAGAAACAUUUGCCAUCAGUACAUGAGCACAAGAAAGGCUUUGAUGGGAUAUUUGUGUGGUUGUCUUAAACAUGUCUGAGAAAACUUGACUGUUGAGUUUUAGUGGUACAGGCAUGUUGAUGCCUAGAAAGGCCUUAAAUGGGUUUGGCAAUCACCAGGGACUGAAACCCCCCUGGGUUUUCUUGUAAGCUGUGAUUGUAUAUGUAUAGUAAGCUGAAGUGAUGAAGCUUCACCUGCACUUUGCUGUGAGAAUGUAAGAGGUGACCAGGUACUAUUUUCUGUGUGGUUUGCACCAUUAGGUUGCGCUGAGCCAGGCUACUGCCCAGAUGAAAAUCAGGGCACAGCUCUGCACAGUCCAGGUCAUCCUCUUGUGGAAGCAAUGUCAGCUGUGGGUAAAGCUGUCUGCUGUGCCAUUUUUUUCUGUUGAGGUAGUCUGGCCCUGCUGAACCCCAUAAUAACCUCCUGUUUUUUAAGCCACAGCACUGGGGAAGAUAGUAAGUUUGCUCUGGUGACAAUUUCCUCCAAGCUAUGCCAUCUUAACUUUAAAAAUGUCCUAUUUUUCUUGUAUGUUUUUUUUCUUCUUCUUCUUUUGUAUUGUUUUGAUCCAAAAUGGUUUGUGUGGCUGUUUGCAGGCUGGAACUAAAUGCUGCAGAUUGAAAUCUCAACUGUGACCUAGCUGUGGCUAACUGUGAAUCUACUGCAGAGCUGCCCAUCAAGCCUUCCUCCUCUUCACACUUUAGAUUCCAGUUUGUCUUUUGGUAUAUCACUCUCUGUCAUUUUGGCUAGGUUCACACUGCAGGCUGAAGUAACCCAAAUCCGAUUUUUUGGCCCCUAUGCGAUCUGAUCUUUUCAUGACAGUCUGAACGACACAGAUCCGAUUUUUCAAAUGCGACUCAGGCCACUUGG